UAGCAGGUUGGUAACACAACUCGUUGCAAAGAUGAAAGCGUUUAAGAUAGCCAAGAAAUCACCAGCGAACGUAAAUGUGAAUGGAGAGGAUGAAUGUGAAGAUGGUAGUAUCAGCGAAAACCAUCGUGCCUAUAAAGAUGCUAAUAAAGACACCGACAUCAAUGUUGACAUCAGCAAUAUAGACGAUGAAAUAAGCCAUCAACAACACAAUUAUGACAAAGUGUCAACAAUCACAUCAACACCAAUAAAGUGCCAAAGACGAAAUCAUCACCAGAUUAAAGCGACAAACUCGUCGUCAUCAUCAUCAUCACACUCACACUCACCAACGUCAUUUUCAUUGACAACGACGACGACGAAAACAACGGCAACUAUGACGUUCACUGCGUUGCUAUCAUCACCAUCGAUAGGAAAUUAUGAAACCUGCCAAUGGUCAGCCAUAUUACGUCAUUAUGUCCGCGACAAUCUAUCGAUCCACCAACAUCAGUAUCACCACAAACCCAAACACACGCUACAUCAUCACCAACACGCGACUAGUAGAGUGCUAAAUAUCAAUAAAUGCAACAACAGUAGCGACACCACACCUAAUGCAACCGGUAGAGGAACGGGGACGAGUAUCUAUGAAUCGGUCGAUCAAUAUGUCAAUGCAACCUGGAAUCACAGCUACACUUUGUCUUGUUUGCUUUUGACGUUAUUUAUCGCCUUCACCAUCGGUAUACGCAGUACGACAGCUGGAGCCUGCUGGCAGACGGUGCUAGACAAUGGUAAAUGCAACGAAAUAUUUUCGUUAAAUAUUAGCAAAAGUGAAUGUUGUGGCGCCAAUCAAGAGUUCGCCUACACCGAACGCGAACCAACAAAUGUUGAGUAUUUUUUUGCGACAGCAAUUGGAGGCGGCAUGGAAUGUUCACCAUGCUUAGAAAGUUGUAGGAACGUCAAAUGUGGGCCGAAUAAGAAAUGCGUCAAAAGAAAAGGAAGACCCAAAUGUAUCUGUGCCCCCGAAUGUGGAGCAGCUAGAAGAAAACGUAAGCAACGAGAGCAUUUAAUGCAACAGGAGCAACAACCUCACCAGCAACAUCACACUUUACAUUUGAUUAACAGUCAUGCUAAAGAUGAUAACGACGAUGUUGAUGACGGUGGCUACUUUCCAGCCAUCCGAUCCUCAAAUGACUUUAAAAUUAAGAUAGAAAAAUCACAGCAAUCACGCGAUACACGUAGUUUAAGUAGUGAAAUUACAAAUGUUAAUUUAGGUUUAGCAAACGGCAAAGAUGCGAUGAUCAGCAGUGGCGCAACGUCAUCAAUGGAACGACAUCAUUGUAAAGAACACAAUCAAAACCAAAGAAAAUUAAUACACAUGCAUCAUUCACAUGGACAUGGGCAACAGCACCAUACACAACCACAACAACCACAACAAGUACAACAACCAAACUAUAAAAACCAGGAGCCAAAUGGCAGUCGAAGACUUCUGAUAACCGCCAAUGUUGAACAUACGGAAAAGCCCACCACUAGACGAUUACAAAUCUUUAGUAAUGUAAGAACAACACAUGCCAGACGGCAUAACAAACCUGGUCAACACGAGGACACUGAUCCCUCAGACUAUUUUGAAGAGAACGAUGAAGACUACAACUAUAACGAUGCGGAAGACGAUGCCAAAGAGGCCAAAAACAAAAAUAACUACAGCAGAAAUAUCGAUAAUGGUAACAACAACAACAAAAACAAUGACCACGGCAGCAACAAGAACAACCGCAACGAUGAAUCAACAAGAUUUUUAAACCAGUCUCCGUCUAGACAUAAGCUUAAAACUAACACAAAAUCAAACAAUAACAGCAGAAACAGAAACACCAACAACAAAAAUAAAAACAAAAACCAUCAUGAUUUACAAACAACCAAAAUACAGCAACAUUCUAGCAAAAACAACAAUACCCGCGUUAGACACUCUCAACAGAAUGGACGUCAUGCGGAGAAUACUCUACACCAUGGUCAUCAUAAUCACAAUCAUCACAGUCAUCACCAACACCAGCAACAGCACCAACCCCACCACCGCCAGCAGCAACGACAGCAAGAACAACAACAUAAUCACAACCAGCAGCACCAAAGCCCAAAUCAUGGCAGACAUAAGCACAACAACAACACCAACAAACAACACCAUAAACAACAAUCCAUUGUAUUAAAAAAGCCAAAGAAUAAUAAGGAUUACAACAGCACAACCACCAACACCACCAUCACCAGCAGCACCACUACCAAUAUUCUCUUUGUUAAUACUACAACCAAAGACAACAAUGCUUCCAAUAGUGAAACAGAUGCAACUGCAGCCGAUGCAUCAUCGUCUUCUCCUCUGCACCAAUCGAGAAUAGUUAAAACGGCAACAACACCAACAUCUUUGAAUUUAUCAUCACUAUCAGCAGCAGCAACAACUACAUCCAAUACAGACCCACAACAUACACAAUCACAGCUGUUGUUGCCAUCGUCUGCAACGUCUUCCUUUGCAUCAACCACUCCUGUAAAUUCCACAAUGUCUGCAGAUGAUGGUGCAGCUGCCGACGAUCAUUAUCAUAGUCGUUUACCAAAUCGCGGAAGUAAAAUAGCUACGUCAUCCUUAUUAUCAGCAACAUCAUCCUUAUCAUCAUCAUCAUCAUUGCCAUCGUCUUCAUCACAUUCGCAACUGUCUGGAGUUGCAGCACGUUCCUCAUCGGAAUCGGCAGUUGUAACAAUGUCUGCUAAAGGCGAAGGUGUUUUACCUCAUGAUCAUAAACAUCGAAUUGAAAUACCAAUGAAAACAACAUUCAACCACAAUAACAAUAACAACAACAAUGACAAUCAAAUUUCAGCACUGCAAUCGAAUUUGCAUAAUAAUCAAAAACAGCAGCAAGACCAACAGCAUUACCAGACUCCAUUGUUUGAUGGAAUGUCUGAACAAUUCGAUUUGAUUGGAUUUACAAAUAAACAACGGCAGCAAAUACUAACGAAUGAAGAUAAUGUGAAACCUCUAAAUCCAGUGUGUGGAACUGACGGUCGAACUUAUAAUACCGAAUGUCAACUGAGGAAACGAGCAUGUAGAACGGACAAUUCAAAUUUGCAAAUUGCAUAUCGUGGCCAUUGCAGAACAACAUGUAACGGUGUUAAAUGUUUAAAUGGAUUAACCUGUGUUGAGGAUCAGUAUUCAAUGCCACAUUGUAUAACAUGUAAAAUAGAAUGCCCACAGGAUGAUUAUGAUAAUGAUGCUGUUGAUGCAACGAAAGCAGUUUGUGGCGCCGAUGGUAAGACAUAUAAGAGCACAUGUGAUAUAAAUCGUAUGAUCUGUAAAAUUGGUCGAUCCAUUGGUGUAGCAUAUCCGGGACCGUGUCGUGAAGAUCAAGUAACUUGCGAUGAUAUUAAUUGUGGCUCUAAACAAGUUUGUCUAAUUGACUUGUUAACACACAAACCCAGAUGCACCUCAUGUCGUUACAAAUGUUCACGCAAAAGACGUCCAUCGUCUCCCCACUAUGAAGAGGGUAAAAUUUGUGGUGUUAAUAAUCGUACCUACAAUUCAUGGUGUGAAAUGCGUAAAGAUUCCUGUUCCACUGGCUUCUAUAUUGAUAUUAAGUAUUCAGGAGAUUGCCAUUAAACAUGCACUCAAACUAGAUGUUUUUACAUUUAAAUAAUUUUAUAACCACAUACAU